GCGCCGGCGCCCGCGCUCCCGGAGAGCUUCUCGUAGGCCGGUGCUCGGCGCGCGCACCCGCACUAAAGACGUUUCUUCCCGGCGGGGAGAAAUCCCGUCGGCGAGCCGAACAACUCCCCGAGCGCAGCCCGCGGACCACCACCCGGCCGCACCGGCCGCUUUUGUCUCCCGCCCGCCGCCUCUGUCCGACAGGCCGCCCGCGGGGCGCAUCCCGACCGCGAGCGUCCGGUCCCAGAGCCGAGCGCGGCUGGGGCCCGAGGCUAGCACAUCUUGGGAGCCGCAAGGCGAGAGCUGCAAAGCAACAUAGAUGGAACUGGAGGCCAUUAUCUUAAGAGAAACAACUCAGGAACAGUCAAUACCACAUGUUCUUUUUAAUUAGACACUUCAGAAUUUUGAUCACCUAAUGUUGAUUUCAGAUGUAAAAGUCAAGAGAAGACUCUAAAAAUAGCAAAGAUGCUUUUGAGCCAGAAUGCCUUCAUCAUCAGAUCACUUUAUUUGUUUCUCAUGGGAUGGACAAUUGCCUCUGAGGACCCUCCCUCAGCCAGCUCAAGUACUUAAACAAAAACAAGGAAAUUCUUUGGUGUUAAAGAUCUCGUGUGUGGCCGGGCGCGGUGGCUCAUGCCUGUAAUCCCUGCACUUUGGGAGGCCGAGUGUGUAUCAGCCUCGUGUUUGGUAUUUCACAUGAUUCGCCCGAUUAUACGGAUGAAUCUUGCACUUUCAAGAUAUCAUUGCGAAAUUUCCGGUCCAUCUUAUCAUGGGAAUUAAAAAACCACUCCAUUGUACCAACUCACUAUACGUUGCUGUAUACAAUCAUGAGUAGAGACAGGGUUUCACCGUGUUAGCCAGGAUGGUCUCGAUCUCCUGACCUCGUGAUCCGCCUGUCUUGGCCUCCCAAAGUGCUGGGAUUACAGACGUCAGCCACUGCGCCUGGCUCAUCUGGCAAAUUUUACUGAGCACCUACUACAUGCCAGGGGGUCCAACUGUGAACCAAAGUCCCUGCCCUCCUGGAGCAGACAUUAUGUAAAUGGAGACAUCAGUAAACAAAGUAAACCAGAAGAUUUGAAGAUGGUUAUGAACUGUGCAAAUACCACAAGAUCAUUUUGUGACCUCACAGAUGAGUGGAGAAGCACACACGAGGCCUAUGUCCCCAUCCUAGAAGGGUUCAGCGGGAACACAACCUUGUUCAGUUGCUCACACAAUUUCUGGUUGGCCAUAGACAUGUCUUUUGAACCACCAGAGUUUGAGAUUGUUGGUUUUGCCAACCACAUUAAUGUGAUGGUGAAAUUUCCAUCUAUUGUUGAGGAAGAAUUACAGUUUGAUUUAUCACUCGUCAUUGAAGAACAGUCAGAGGGGAUUGUUAAGAAGCAUAAACCCAAAAUAAAAGGAAACAUGAGUGGAAAUUUCACCUAUAUCCUUGACAAGUUAAUUCCAAACACGAACUACUGUGUAUCUGUUUAUUUUGAGCACGGUGAUGAGCAGCCAGUAAUAAAGUCUCCCUUAAAAUGCACCCUCCUUCCACCUGGCCAGGAAUCAGAAUCAGCAGAAUCUGCCAAAAUAGGAGGAAUAAUUACUGUGUUUUUGAUAGCAUUGGUCUUGACAAGCACCAUAGUGACACUGAAAUGGAUUGGUUGUAUAUGCUUAAGAAACAGCCUCCCCAAAGUCUUGAAUUUUCAUAACUUUUUAGCCUGGCCAUUUCCUAACCUGCCACCGUUGGAAGUCAUGGAUAUAGUGGAAGUCAUUUACAUCAACAGAAAGAAGAAAGUGUGGGAUUAUAAUUAUGAUGAUGAAAGUGAUAGCGAUACUGAGGCAGCGCCCAGGACAAGUGGUGGUGGCUAUACCAUGCAUGGACUGACUGUCAGGCCUCUGGGUCAGGCCUCUGCCACCUCUACAGAAUCCCAGUUUAUAGACCCAGAGUCCGAGGAGGAGCCUGACCUGCCUGAGGUUGAUGUGGAGCUCCCCACGACACCAAAGGGCAGACCUCAGCACUUGGAACUCUUGAGUGGGCCCUGUGAGAGGAGAGAGAGUCCACUCCAGGACCCUUUUCCCGAAGAGGACUACAGCUCCAAUGAGGGGUCUGGGGGCAGAAUUACCUUCAAUGUGGAUUUAAACUCUGUGUUUUUGAGGGUUCUUGAUGACGAGGACAGUGACGACUUAGAAGAAGCCCCUCUGAUGAUAUCGUCUCAUCCGGAAGAGACGGUUGACCCAGAGGAUCCUGACAAUGUGCAAUCAAGCCAUUUGCUGGCCAGCUGGGAAGGGACACAGCAAACUUUUCCCAGCCCCUCUUCAGAGGGUCUGUGGUCUGAAGAGGCUCCAUCUGAUCAAAGUGACACUUCUGAGUCAGAUGUUGACCUUGGGGAUGGUUAUAUAAUGAGAUGACUCCAAAACUAUUGAAUGAACUUGGACAGACAAGCACCUACAGGGUUCUCUGUCCCUGCAUCCUAACUUGCUGCCUUAUCGUCUGCAAGUGUUCUCCAAGGGAAGGAGUAGGAAACUGUAGAGUGUUCCAUUCUUCCAGGUGACGUCACCUAUGCACAUUCCCAGUAGGGGGACCAUAGUAUCAUUCAGUGCAUUGUUUACGUAUUCAAAGUGAUGCACUUUGAAGGAAGCACUUGUGCACCUUUCCUUUACACUAAUACACUUAGGAUGUUUCUGCAUCAUGUUUACCAGGGAGCAGGGUUCCCCGUGGUUUCAGAGGUGGUCCAGGACCCUAUGAUAUUUCUUUUCUUUUUCUUUCUCUUUUUUUUUUUUUUUUUUUUUUUUUGAGACAGUCUCAUUCUGUCGCCCAAGCUGGAGCGCAAUGGUGUGAUCUUGGCUCACUGCAACGUCCGCCUCCCAGGUUCAAGUGAUGCUCCUGCCUCAGCCUCCCUCGCAAGUAGCUGGGAUUACAGGUGCCUGCCACCAUGCCCCGCAAAUUUUUGUAUUUUUAGUAGAGAGGAUUUUACCAUGUUGGCCAGGCUGGUCUCAAACUCCUGACCUCAAGUGAUCCGCCCUCCUCAGCCUCGCAAAGUGCUGGGAUUACAGGGGUGAGCCGCUGUGCCCUGCUGGCCCUGUGAUAUUUCUGUGAAAUAAAUUGGGCCAGGGUGGGAACAGGGAAAGAAAAGGAAAAUAGUAUCAAGAGCUGCAAAGGAGGCAGGAAGGGAGGAGGAGAGCCAGGUGAGCAGUGGAGAGAAGGGGGGCGCCCUGCACAAGGAAACAGGGAAGAGCCAUCGAAGUUUCAGUCAGUGAGCCUUGGGCACCUCACCCAUGUCACAUCCUGUCUCCUGCACUUGGAAUUCCACCCUGUCCAGCCCUCCCCAGUUAAAGUGGGGAAGACAGACUCUAGGAUCACGCAUGUGACUAAUACAGAAAGGAAACAUGGCAUCGGGGAGAGGAAUAAAACCUGAGUGCCAUAUUUUAAGGUUAAAAAAAAGCAAAUACAAAGAUGCUUCAAGAUCUUCAGAAGUAUGGCAUACAAGUUUCAGAGACCCUAUUUGACAAUUUUCAGAGUGCUCUCUGUGCUGAUUCCGAAUCCGAAUCGAGUGUGUCAGCUGUGAUUACAGUUCCUGUGAAUCUAGGCCGGGUUGGGGGGUUGUGGGUGGGGGAAGGGAAGUCUGACCCCGAGCAAUUGUUCCUGCCUGUAACCCCAGCACUUUGGGAGGCCUAAGCAGGCAUAUCGCUUGAGGCCAGUAAUUCGAGACCAGCCUGGGCAACAUGGCAAAUCUGUCUCUACCAAACAAAAUUAGAAAAAUUAACUGGGCGUAGUGGCAUGUGCCUGUUGUCCCAGCUACUUGGGAGGCUGAGGUGGGAGAAUGGCUGGAGCCCAGGAAGCGGAGGUUGCAGUGAGCCAAGAUCACGUUACUGCACUUCAGCCUGGGUGACAGAGCCAGACCCUGUCUUUAAAAAGGGGGUUGGUGGGGAGAGGUUCUAGAAUGUCAUGUAGCAGCCAGUUUAAGGACUGGGAUUCAGGGAUCCAACUCCCACAGUUUCCCUGUGUGACCCUAGGCAUUUGACUUAGCCUCUCAGAGCCUCAGGUUUUUUGUUUCUGAAAUAAAAGGAUUGGACUAGGUAAUCUCCCAGAUCCUAGGAACCCAGGAGAAAGAUGAGAAAAUGUACAAGAAUGAACACUCAGGUGGAAAUGUUGCAACCCUGAGAAGCCCCCGGGAUGAAUGAAAGGCACAGGACCCUCUUACCCCUCACCCCUCCCCCACUCAAGGGCUGGUUUCUCAAACCUUUCUCUUAGGCCCCUUCAAAGGGGGAAAACUAAAAAUUAUACAAGUUAUAGCUCAAGGACUAUAGAUUAUUUAUAUGAUUGCUCAAAAGGAUAGGGCUGUGAGGAGGGGGGAACACCUUAUUUAAUCUAAUGAAAUUCCAUAGGAGAGAGACCUUUUGUAUAUGGAAUCAAUUUAUCUGCCUUCUCAAUGCAUCUGUCAUAUUCUGAAAGAUUCUGGGUUGAUCUUUUGGGAUAACCUCUAUGGCUGUGAGUGUGUGUGUGUGUGUGUGUGUAUUUUUUUAAAUUUUGUAUAAUGGAGAUUGGUAAAAAAUAAUACAGCAGUACUUUUUUAAUACAAA